UUCUUGGAGGCUCUCACACUUCAUGCUGCAGUCAGGAGCUCAGGGAAGUCCAGCAUGAUUCUUCUUACCGUGCUGUUCCUUUGCAUCAUUUCCACCUAUUCAGCCUCUGUUAAAGGGCACACUACUGGACCAAGCUUAAAUAAUGACAAGCUAUAUAAAUUUGCUUACUCUACUGAAGUGUAUGUUGAUCAGGUGAAAGCAUCACUGCAGAAGAGUGCAGGAUACCGGCUUUCUUCUGGUGUGGAUGUCAAUCUCUUAUGGAGAAAUCCUGAGAAUGAUGAUGACCAGUUGGUCAAAGUUACGAUAAGAGAUGUUCAAGUUGAAAAUGUGAAUGAACGUCCAGCUGAGAAAAACAUCUUCAAAGGAAAAAACACAGAGAAGAUCAUCGGGAAAGAAUAUCUGCAAGCUUUACAGAGGCCUAUAGUUCUUGAGCUAGUCCGUGGGAAAGUCAAAAACUUCUACUCAUAUGAAAAUGAACCUGCUUUUACUCAAAAUAUUAAAAGAGGUCUGGCAAGCCUUUUCCAGCUACAGCUGCACUCUGGUCCUGCCCAUGAGGUGGACAUAUCUGGGAAGUGCAACACUACUUACCAUGUGCGGCAAGAUCAAGUGACUAAAAUAAAAGACCUGGACUCCUGUGAAAUAGAAAAACAAGGAUUUACCAGCCACAACAGGAUCUUAGAUGUCAGUACAAAAGCCACAUCUGCCACAAUUUAUGUGCUGGAAGACAGUUUCUUUAAAUCCAUUAAAGCAGAAGAAAAUUAUGCUUUGGUUCUGAAUUCUCAACGAAAAACAGGUGCCAAAAUAGUGUCAAAGCAGAGACUGGAACUGAAGUCAGUAGAAGCUGGGCCUGGACUGAUUGCUGGGAAGCAAGUGGCGGGUGUUAUCAAGACCUUGGACUCUAGUUACGUUGCUGUGUCACUAGUAGCAGAGCCAGUCAAAUCCGAAUGCAGAAAGUGUCCUUCACUUUCUGAACACUGGAAGAGUAUCAGAGAGCAAAUGUAUCCUGAAAAACUCUCCAAAGCUGAAGCAGCAAAAAGCUUUUUGUCCUUCAUUCAGAACAUCAGAAAAGCUACGAAAGAGGAGAUACUGCAGGUUAUUAGAAGUGAAAAGAAAGAACUUCUCCCGCAGGUAGUGGAUGCCAUAACCUCUGCUCAGACCGCAGCAUCGCUGGAGGCCAUACUGGAGUUUCUUGACUUUAAGGAUGAAAGCACUUCUCUCCUGCAGGAGCGAUUCCUGUAUGCCUGUGGAUUUGCUUCUCACCCCAGUGAAACGCUCCUGAAAUCUUUAACUGCAAAGUUCAAGGAGGAUAUCGCAAAUGAAGAAAUCAGAGAAACUCUUGUCAUUGUCAUGGGAGCGCUCAUCAGAAAGCUGUGUGACAGAGAAGGCUGCAAGCUGCCAGCUGUUGUAGAGGCCAAAAGGCUGAUUCUCAGUAGACUGGAGAAGGCUAAGAAAGAUGACAAUGUGAGGAUGUACCUGCUGGCACUGAAGAAUGCACUCCUUCCCGAAGCAAUUCCACUGCUUCUGAAGUAUACUGAGUCAGAAGGGCCUAUCGGCAAUCUUGCUGCCACUGCCUUGCAGAGAUAUGAUCCUUCCUUUCUCACCAAAGAGGUGAAAGAAACAAUGAACAGGAUAUACCACCAGAAUCGCAGAGUCCAUGAAAAGACAGUGCGAACCACUGCAGCUGCUAUCAUCUUAAACAGUAACCCAUCCUACAUGGAAGUGAAAAACAUCCUGCUCUCUAUUGGUGAACUGCCUCCAGAAAUGAACAAGUACAUGCUCUCCAUGAUCCAAGAUAUACUUCACUUUGAAAUGCCUUCAAGCAAAACAGUUCGGCAAGUUCUGAAGGACAUGCGUGCUCAUAACUAUGAUCGCUUCUCCAAGACGGGCUCUUCCUCUGCCUACUCUGGCUAUAUUAUACGUGGUCCAGAUGUAUCAUCUACAUACAGCCUUGACAUCCUUUAUUCAGGCUCUGGCAUUUUAAGGAGAAGUAACAUGAACAUCCGAAUUUUUGAUAGAAAUGCUGAACUUCAUGCCAUCCAGGUGGUGAUUGAAGCUCAAGGUCUGGAGUCCAUAAUAGCUGCAACUCCUGAUGAAGGCGAGGAAAACCUGGACUCCUAUGCUGGCAUGUCAGCCAUUCUGUUUGAUGUCCAACUCAGGCCAGUUACAUUUUUCCAAGGGUAUGGUGAUUUAAUGUCUAAAAUGUUCUCAGCAACUGGAGAUCUCAUUAACGUGGUGAAAGGACUUAUCCUCCUGACAGACUACUCACAGGAGAUCCAGCUGCAGUCUGGGCCAAGGGCCAGCGCAGAGUUCCUGGGUGGCCUGGCCAUCGACAUCUCAGGAGGGAUGGAGUUCAGCCUGUGGUACAGGGAAUCCAAAACCAACAUCAAGAACCGGGUAGCCAUGUUUAUAGCUGGUAACACCGAGGUGGACUCCUUCUUUGUAAAAACUGGCAUGGAAACCACGUUCGAAGUAGAAACGACAUUAGACUUCAUCUCUACGGUGCAGUUUUCGCAGUACCCAUUUUUAGUCUGUAUGCAGAUGGACAGAGUCGAUUCUCCAUGCAGGAGUUACGUGACUAAGUAUGAAAGUCUACCAUCGGGCAGGCGGUACACUGCAAGGAGAGGGAAGGCAGAACCAUUGGCAGGUAAUGAGUACCCUCUCCAUCAGGAGAACUCCAACAUGUGCAGGAAGGUCAUUGGCGCCAAGUCUGAUUCCUCCAGCAACUGGUUUUGA